AAGCCCGCACUGAAAACUUCCUCUCCACUCCUAGAGAGAGAGAGAGAGAGAGAGCAGCGGAGCUCGGCGGUCGUCCUUGUCCGUGCGCGCCGGCGGCGAAGAGAGAGGGAGAGUCCCAGAUGCCCUGCGAAUGGGGAAAGCUGACCAGCAAAACCUGCAGCGGCGGCCACAGGGGGGCGAGCGCGAGGCCCCGCCGCCGCCGCCGUUCUUCUGCUGCGCGCGGUGCUCGGCGGGGCUCCGCCGGGUGGCCGGCGAGCUCAGCCUCCGGUGCGUCUUCUUCUUGCUCCUGGGUCUCGCCGUUUUCCUCUCCGGCGUCUUCUGGGUCGUUCCCCUGAGCCGUGCGCGAUCUGGUUUCGAUGCGAAGGAAGCGGUUAAGCUCGGCGCCACAGUUCAGGUAUCUUUUAGGCUGGAAAAGUCAGUUUCGGAGAUUGUUAUGUUCAUUGGAAGGUUAGAAUAUGACAUCUACAGUGAAAUUGGUGUUCCAGAUACAAAGGUGGCAGUAUUAUCGGCGCACCAAUCAGACUCGACUAACUAUACUGAUGUGGUGUUUGGCGUUCUGUCUGACCAGAUGAAUGUUCCAAUUAAUCAAGUGUCACUAAGUGUUCUGAGAUCAUAUUUGAUUGAUCUCUUCCUCCGGCAAUCUAAUCUAACUGUUACAGCAUCCCUUUUUGGGCAACCAUCUGAGCUUCAGAUUUUGAAGUUUCCUGGGGGAAUUACUGUAAACCCAUCUACUUCAAUUUGGCAGAUGCCCCAGAUCCUAUUUAAUUUUACUCUCUACCAGUCUAUAUAUGAUAUACAGGAGAAUUUUCUUGAGUUCAAGGGACAGCUGAAAUACGGGUUGCGUCUAAGGUCUUAUGAGAAUGUAUAUGUGCAAGUUACGAAUACGGAGGGUUCAACAGUUGCUCCCUUUGUCACAAUUGAGGCUUCCGUUACUUCUGAUUCUGGGAAUCUGCUACCGCAAAGAUUAAAGCAAUUAGCUCAAAUAAUCUCAGGAUCUCCUGAAAAUCUUGGUCUUGAUCAUUCGGUUUUUGGCAAUGUUAAGGGUGUCAGCUUAUCAUCUUAUUUGAAUGGUACCCUUCAUUCUGGCCCUCCUACCCCUUCUCCAGCUCCAUCGCCUGGCUUUGUGCCAUCAGCUUCCCCAUAUAGCUCGCCUUCUUCAUAUUCCCCAGCUCCCUCACCUAACCUGCGUCCAGUACCACGUUGUCCUAAUUGUGAGAUAUCUUUAUAUUUUGGCUACCUUUUUAUCUCAAGUCCUCGAAAGAUGGGUCCUAUUUCAGGUCUCAAAGCAGAUUGUACGUGUGGUGGGACCACAAUCGCUCCGGCCGCCUCACCUUUUCAUUCUAGUCCAGCUCAAACUCCAACCUCUCUACCUCCUGCACCUGCUGUGCAUUCACCUUAUAUGUCUCCAACAUCACACCAUUCUCCAUCUUUCUCGCCAGCACCAACGGUGUCCAUUGCCUCCCCUCCAGUUGAGGAUAAAGGACUCGGAGAAGGCCCUGUAUCCCCUUCUCUUGCGCCACUUCAAUCAUCUUUUGCAGUGCGUCUGUCUCACAUAGAUAUGUGGUUGCUGGUACUGUCUACAUUUCUGAUUAAUCUGCUGGGCUGGUUGAGUUCAUAAAUCUGUUAAACAUGUGUUCAGAGGAAGAGAGAUGAGGACAAUGUCAACAUGCUAACGUCCAGUUUUGUUCUUCUUCGAGAAGCUGAAGAAGUGUCUUCUUUUCUUGGCAAUCCAAUCAAGGUAAAUCGGUCAAAGCCAAACAAAGGUGGCGGGCCGCUCAUCUAUUCUCUGCUACGAUGUAAACUUUAUUCCCGAAGGGAAACACGACUCGAGGGUAAUUUUGUGAAUAGAUGAGAAACAUAGGUUGCAGGUUCCAAAGGGAACUUUAAUCGUGUCAAUGCAAUUGUAAAAAAUAACCCAAGGCUCCUUUUGAGCAUCUGCAAUGCGGGGCAGAAGCUAUUGCCAUAAAAGAAAAGGAAUGGAAUACUAAUAGUGUUAUUUAACACGAAAAUGAUAGUGGAAAGAAUGCCAUUGUUAAACUUAUGCA